GCUGCUGCUGCUGCAAGGGCUGCUGCUGCUGCUGCUGCAAGGGCUGCUGCUGCUGCUGCUGCAAGGGCUGCUGCUGCUGCUGCUGCAAGGGCUGCCAUGUACGGCCUACUGCUGGAGAACCUGAGCGAGUUCAUCAAGGCGCAGUAUGGUGAGGACAAGUGGGAGGAGAUCCGACACGAGGCCAACAUCGACCAGGUAGUCUUCAGUACCCACAAGGUCUACAGGGAGGACCUCAUUCCUAACAUCAUGGCCUCGGCUAACAAGGUGCUGGGGGUGACGAAGGAGCAGCUCAUGUUCGGCAUGGGAGAGUUCUUCGUCGACUUCGUCGGCCAGUACGGGUACGACCGCGUCCUCUCCGUGCUGGGCAGACACGUGCGGGACUUCCUCAACGGUCUGGACAACCUGCACGAGUACCUCAAGUUCUCGUACCCGCGCAUGCAGCCGCCCUCCUUCUUCUGUGACGGGGAGACGAGCGCCGGCAUGCUGCUUCACUACCGCUCCAAGCGUCGAGACUACGCCCACUAUACCAUGGGCCAGAUCACUCAGGUGGCGCGUCACUUCUACAACACAGAGCUGGAUGUGAAGCUGAUCAGGAAGGAGAUGAUCUUGGAGACGACCUACGUGACCUUCCAGCUGACCUUCGACAACCAGGCCUUCGCCAACCAGGUCAACCUCUCCCUCAUCCGGGACGAGCAGGUCCUACCCCUUAGAGGCAACCUUCUCUUCGAGAUCUUCCCUUUCUGUAUACUCUUUGGGACGACGCUGGAGGUGAAGCAGAUCGGCAACAGCAUGAUGCAGAUCAUGCCGGAGCUGGUGGGGAAGCGACUCACCGACUGGUUCGACAUCACCAGACCUCACGUCGACUUCGAGUUCUACAGCAUCCUCAAGCGUACCAACAACAUCUUCGAGCUGGCCACGUCCACCACCAAGUUCCAGAACAAGAAGCGACUGAAUGGUGAGCUCCACGGGGGCACUCUCACCAUAUCCGAGGACGACAUUCAAGAUAAAUCCUUCAGGCUCAAAGGUCAGAUGAUGCACAUGGAGGAGUGGAAGCUGAUCCUCUUCCUGGGAACGCCCGUCAUGAAGGACCUCGACUCCCUCAUCUACGCCGGCCUCUUCAUCAACGACCUCUCUAUGCACGACUUCUCCAGAGACAUGAUCCUGGCGGGCACACAACAGUCCGUAGAGCUGAACCUGGCGCUGGAACAGGAGCAGCAGAAGAGCAAGAAGCUGGAGGAGUCCAUGAAGAAGCUGGACGACGAGAUGCGCCGCACGGACGAGCUCCUCUACCAGAUGAUUCCCAAGCAGGUGGCCCAGCGGCUCAGGAAGGGCGAGAACCCCGUCGACACCUGCGAGACCUUCGAGAGUGUGACGAUCCUGUUCUCGGACGUGGUGACCUUCACGGAGAUCUGCAGCCGCAUCACGCCCAUGGAGGUGGUCUCCAUGCUCAACGCCAUGUACUCCAUCUUCGACAGACUCACCGAGGAGCACAAAGUAUAUAAGGUGGAGACCAUAGGGGAUGCCUACAUGGUGGUGGCCGGGGCCCCGGAGCGACAGACCAACCACGGGGAGAUGGUGUGCAACAUGGCCCUGGACAUGGUCGAGGCCAUCACCGAGCUCACCGACCCCUCCACAGGGAACCACCUUCGGAUACGUGUGGGCGUGCACACAGGCAUGGUGGUAGCGGGCGUGGUUGGGCUAAAGAUGCCUCGCUACUGCCUAUUCGGCGACGCCGUCAACACAGCGUCUCGCAUGGAGUCGACGAGCGAGGCGAUGCGGGUUCACAUCUCUCAGGCGACGAAGGACAUCAUCUCGGCCCGGUACCAGGUCGAGGAGCGGGGCGAGGUCACCGUCAAGGGCAAAGGAAAUUGUCCAAGAGGCUUGGUAACUUUCUGCUUACCAGUAUGCAGGCGCACGGUGGCAGUGAGACCCAUGAAGACCUACUGGCUCAACAAGUGCGAGGGGCGGGUGCCCAAGAAGAUCCCCAUGGUGUCCAAGCCGCAGCCCAUUGUCUCCACGGACCUGCCCAACGACCGCCGGGGCUCCAACGUCUCCAGGAACUACUCGCCCAUCACCUUCGAGGACGUGGCCCGCCGCUCCCUCACCAACACGCCCACGCCCGCCCUCACCGCCCCCGUCGCCGCCCACCAGCAGGAGGUCUCCAGACCGCCAGACAAACCCAGAGAAACAGCCUUCGAACUAGCCAAUGCUCCAGCUACAUUGUCCUGCCUGGUGGAUAAGGAACUCAAAGGACACGCUCUUGCCUUUGCUAUAAGAAGUCUGCUUAGCAGAGAAUCUAAAGUCAAAUUCCAAGGAAAAACAUCUUCCUCAAAGAAGCUGGAAAAUGGGACUCCGCAGGGAGGAAUACUAAGCCCAUUCCCCUUCAACAAUCUCAUGGAACAAUUCAUGAAGUUCUAUUUACUAAAACCCAAACUACUUAACAAUGCAGAGGACUUUGCGGUCAUCAUCAAUGGCAAAGGCACCAAGAACCAUGUACAAAAAUGCCUAGACAACAUCAGCAUAAUUUUCCCGCGCAGGGAAGCGGAACGUAUAGCAGUGAAAAUAAUCAGCAAUAAAACCAAAGCAAUGGUCGUUAAAAGGAGAACUCGAGACAUCAGACUUGCAAUACAAGGACACGAAAUUGAAUGA